UGCAUCCAUAUAUACAUCAAUCAAACAAAAUCCCAGAAACAAUAAUGAAGUCCUCAUUUUAUCUUUCUUUAUUCUGUAUUGCUUUCUUUCUUUUCCCUCUGCACUCUUCUUCAACAGUCCUAUUCCAGGGAUUUACAUGGACGUCUAAAGACCAGCCAGGAGGAUGGUGGAACUGGCUAAUAACCAAAGUCCCAGACUUGGCCGACGCCGGAAUCACCCACGUUUGGCUUCCGCCGCCGUCCAACGCCCGGGAAGGCGACGACCAAGGAUACAUGCCGAAAAGGAUGUACGAUUUGGAUACCUCAAAAUACGGGAACAAGAAGGAGCUGAAAGCCCUAAACGACGCCUUCCAUGGCCGCGGGAUCAAAAGCGUAGCCGAUAUUGUGUUGAAUCACAGAGCCGCCGAGAGAGCCAAUAGUAGAGGAGUGUUCAACGUCUUCGAAGGCGGAACUCCCGACGAUAAACUCGACUGGGGCCCCUCCGAGAUUUGCGGCGACGAUGCCGCGUUCGAAGGCACCGGAAAUCCCGACACCGGCGACCCGUGGGGGGACGCGCCGGACAUCGACCACCGCAGUCCGAGAGUGCAGCGAGAAAUCUCGGAAUGGAUGAACUGGCUGAAAUCCGAUGUCGGAUUCGACGGCUGGAGAUUCGAUUACGUCAAAGGCUACGAUUUCGUCAAGGGAUUCGCCGCCGUUAAGAUCUACAUGGACAACACGAAGCCGGAAUUCGCCGUCGGGGAGUUAUGGAACGCUCUUUCGCCGGGGAGUGUUCCGAAUCCGGAUUACAACCAGGAUGCUCACCGCAAUGAGCUGGUCCGGUGGGUUCAGAACGCCGGCGGGGCUGCGACGGCGUUUGAUUUCACGACCAAGGGGAUUCUUCAGGCCGCGCUGAAUAACACCGAGCUCUGGAGAUUGAAGGACGCUGCCGGAAAGCCGUCGGGGAUGAUCGGAGUUUUGCCGCAGAGUGCUGUGACUUUCAUCGACAACCAUGAUACAUGGUCGCAGAGGCUUUGGCCGUUCACCACUUCCACAGAUGAUGCCGUUAACCACGACAGGGUUUUGCAGGGAUACGCUUACAUCCUCACCCAUCCCGGGAUUCCAUCCGUGUUUUAUGACCAUUUCUUUGAAUGGGGAUUGAAGGAUGCGAUUUCAAAGCUGAUAUCUAUCAGGAACAAGAAUGGCGUUUCUGCAACAAGUCCUGUGGAAAUCUUGGCAGCUGAUGCUGAUCUUUACAUAGCAAAGAUUAAUGGAAAAGUUAUUCUCAAGAUUGGACCAAAUGGUGAUCUUAAAAACCUUGUUCCAUCCGAUUUUAUGCUGGCAACAAGUGGCAAAGACUUUGCAGUGUGGGAGAAACCAACAUGAUCGAGGCUACAAAUCUCCACUCAUCAAUCAACAAUUUUAAAUAAAUAUUUCUCAUCAAUCCUCGCUCAAAUACUGCUUACUAAACCAGUGAGCUAAAUAUGUGCGGACAAUAUCUCUCAUCAAUCUGAUACUAAGAAAUAAGUCCUGUUUGCAAUAAAUGUUGUAUAUGAUAUCACAACUGCAAAACAAAUAAUAAAGCUUUUAUCAAUCCAGUUAA